AUGGACCAGAAGCCGACCUCCAGGAAAGGGCCAGAUUUCUGCUCACUGCGCUACGGGCUGGCUCUCAUCAUGCAUUUCUCAAACUUCACCAUGAUAACCCAGCGGGUCAGUCUGAGCAUCGCCAUCAUCGCCAUGGUGAAUGGCACCCAGCAGCAUGGUCCAUCCAAUGCCUCCACCCAGGGGCCUCUGGCAGACACCCUCCACAACCCAGGCAGAUCCGCCAGGGAAUUUAAUACUAGGGCCUCUGUGUAUCAGUGGAGCCCAGAGACUCAGGGCAUCAUCUUUAGCUCCAUCAGCUACGGGAUCAUCCUGACUCUGAUCCCAAGUGGAUAUUUGGCGGGGAUCUUUGGAGCAAAGCAGAUGCUGGGUGCCGGUUUGCUCAUCUCUUCCCUUCUCACCCUCUUCACCCCGCUGGCUGCUGAUGUCGGAGUGAUCCUGGUUAUUGUGGUCCGGACAGUCCAGGGCAUGGCCCAGGGAAUGGCUUGGACAGGCCAGUUCACAAUCUGGGCCAAGUGGGCUCCUCCACUGGAACGAAGCAAGCUCACCAGCAUUGCGGGCUCCGGGGCAGCGUUUGGAUCCUUCUUCAUCCUCUGUGUCGGGGGAUUGAUCUCCCAGGCACUGGGCUGGCCUUUUAUCUUCUACAUCUUUGGUAGCAUUGGCUGUGUCUGCUGUCUCCUGUGGUUCACGGUGAUUUAUGAUGACCCUACGCAUCACCCGUGCAUAAGUGCCAGGGAAAAGGAGCACAUUGUGUCCUCUCUGGCCCAGCAGCCCAGUUCUCCUAGACGAUCUGUCCCCAUAAAGGCUAUGGUCAGAUGCCUGCCGCUUUGGGCCAUUUUCACGGGAUUUUUCAGCCAUUUCUGGCUGUGCACCAUCAUCCUAACGUACCUGCCAACCUACAUCAGCACUGUGCUCCAUGUCAACAUCAGAGAGAGUGGGGUUCUGUCCUCCCUGCCCUUUAUUGCAGCCUCAAGCUGUACAAUUUUAGGAGGUCAGUUGGCAGAUUUCCUUCUGUCCAGGAAACUCCUCAGCCUCAUUGCCGUGCGGAAACUCUUCUCGUCCCUGGGGCUCCUCCUUCCAUCACUGUGUGCGGUGGCCCUGCCCUUCGUGGCCUCCAGUUACACCAUGACCAUCGCUUUGCUGAUACUCAUUCCUGGGACCAGCAACCUGUGUGACUCGGGCUUCAUCAUCAACACCCUGGAUAUUGCCCCCAGAUACGCAAGCUUCCUCAUGGGGAUCUCAAGGGGAUUCGGCCUUAUUGCAGGAAUUGUCUCCUCCACGGCCACCGGAUUCCUUAUCAGUCAGGAUUCUGAGUCUGGAUGGAAGAAUGUAUUUUUCUUGUCUGCUGCGGUCAACAUGUUUGGUCUGAUCUUUUACCUCACAUUUGGACGAGCAGAAAUCCAGGAGUGGGCCAAAGAAAGAACUCUCACUCGCCUCUGAGGAAGUGGAGCUGCACACUUAACUGUAGUACUGACUCUUGGCUUUUUGACAUUUUUUACUUAUCACCAUUCUUUCUUUACAUUCCUGACCAUAGAC